UUAAAACAAUCUACAUAAACACCAAGUAAAUCUGUAUAUUUAGCAAUAAUUCUUUUGUAUUUGAAAUUCGGUGUUAAUAUGUCUUCGUGCCAACUUCCAUCGACUAGAAAAAAUCCUCUAGACACACAGGCUAUCAACAAUUUUUGUGAAUACUUACGGAUCCCAUCUGUGCACCCAAAUAUUAAUUACGAUGAAUGUGUCCAAUUCUUGCAAAAACAGGCCAAAAGUCUGGACCUCCCCAUCAAGGUACACAACGUAGUACCUAAAAAACCCAUUGUCGUGUUAACAUGGGUGGGAACUGAACCAAAUCUACCAUCCAUUCUACUCAAUAGUCAUAUGGAUGUGGUCCCAGUUUUUGAAGACCAAUGGACCCACAAACCUUUCAGUGCCGAUAUAGAUGAACACAAUAACAUCUAUGCUCGUGGUACACAGGACAUGAAGAGUGUAGGGAUUCAAUAUUUGGAAGCUAUUCGAAGAUUGAAGCAACAAGGAGUUGCCCUGAAAAGGACGAUUCACGUAACUUUUGUUCCCGACGAAGAAAUUGGUGGUUUAGACGGGAUGAAAAAAUUUGUACAGACUAAGGAAUUCAAGGAAUUAAAUGUAGGUGUAGCUUUGGACGAAAGCGUAGCCAGUCCAGAUGAAACAUUUAAAGUUUAUUAUGGCGAACGCUGCCUGUGGCAAUUUCAUAUCCACUGCCCUGGAAAUCCAGGACAUGGAUCUUUACUUCUGGAAAAUACGGCAGGAGAAAAAUUAUCUUACAUUGUGGACAAAGUCUAUGAAUUUAGGAAUCAACAAUUGCAGAUGCUCAAAGAUAACCCUGACUGGAUUAGGGCUGACGUCACCAGUAUUAAUUUAACGAAAAUAACGGGGGGCGUUCAAACCAAUGUAAUCCCUCCAGAAUUCGUUGUUUCUUUCGACUGCCGCAUCCCUCCAGAACGAGUCGAUUUUAAAAAGUGGGAAGAAACCAUAAACCAGUGGUGCAAAAAUGCCGGUAAAGGGGUUUGGGUAGAAUUUGACCAUAAACAGUCACCAGUGACUCCCACCAAGUUGGACAACUCCAACAUAUACUGGGUUGCAUUUAAAGAAGCCACCAAUAAACUAGGGCUGAAAGUGAAAACCGAAAUAUGUGGCGGAGCUACCGACGGUCGCUACAUCCGAGGUGUUGGAAUAUCAGCCAUCGGUUUCUCACCCAUGAAUAACACCCCAGUAUUGUUACAUAACCACAAUGAAUACCUGAAUGUCGACACAUUUCUAAAAGGGAUUGAGAUCUACAUCCAAAUUUUAACUUCAGUGGGAAACAAAACCAAUUAACCUUGUUAAACACGCGCUUAUUUCUGUUAUCUGAUAAUAAAAAAAACCUUCCUGUUA